UGUAAUUCCCCAAUUUGGUGUAGGGUUUCGUUCGAGAGAAACAUGCAGCCGCCGCCACCAUCACCACCAGGAUCAAGCUUGUCAAUCGCAUCGGAUUCGCUGCCGGAGAAGACACAAAAGCUCAACGAGGGAGAUGGAUAUGGAUAUAAAGGAAGCUUGUCAAUCGCAUCGGAUUUGCCUCCGGAGAAGAAACAAGAGCUGAACGAGGGAGAUGGAGAUAAAGGUCAAAGCGGAGACUUAUCAGCCGAAUCGGAUUCGGAUUGCGAAAUUCAGGAGGCUACUCCCGUCAUGAAGUAUUAUUUAGAAGGAAUUUGCCCUUGCUGCGAUCAGAAGGUGGCUAUUUGGCAGAGGUACCGCCAACUAAUCAAAGAGAGCGAGUAGGUGAUGUUUGUGUGUGAUUGGUUGAGUUGUACUUUGCUAGGGCUUUGACAUUAAAGAUGAAGUCCUAGUGGAUGCUCGAUGGUGACCAUCUGGCCCAUGACAGGGUACUUAAAUAAUCCUGAGAAUGUUAAGGAGUUGGAAGAUUAUGCUGAAAAGGCACUUGAUACAUGCAAUGCUCGAGAGGGCACUAAAUAUGUGGUCGAGAAAAUUCUUAAGGUGAAUGGAAGUGGCUGCCGUGACUUCCAUUUCUAUAUUACUCUUACUGUCAAGACAUCUGAUGGCGAAAAGCUGUAUUUUCAAGCUAAGGCGGUGCGAAGUUUAGAAGGUUCUUUGGAUUUCCCAGUCGUUAGGCCUAGGGCGAAGGGAGAUAAGGACAUAUGGUGAUGUGAGGUGAAGGGAGAUAAGGACAUAUGGUGAUGUGAAGGGAGAUAAGGACAUAUGGUGAUGUGAAGGGAGAUAAGGACAUAUGGUGCAUCAAGGUUUAGCUUCAUGGUAACAGCUUGUGGAAAUGGUGGACAGGAUUAGCAGCUUUGUGGUGAUAUACUAUUUAAUUGCCCUUAUUAUAGCCUGUUUGGCCAGGCUUCUUCCUAGUCCAAAAGUGCUAGGAAGAACACUUUUUUGGGAAGCCUGUUUUUUUUUUU